AUGGAGGGCAAUCACUCCGAGCACGAAAAUUCUUGUUUCUAUCAUGGUGAUCCAUCCUUCCAUAAAGCUCAUGAACAGUUUACAAUCAACCUUAUUACAGCCAUCAUUAACAUUGUGACAGUUCCAGUCGGUGUUAUUGCAAAUAUACUGAUUGUCACCGCCAUCUUUGGCUGUCCUCGUCUACGAACUCCCUCUAAUCCGCUGAUAGCUUCUCUGGCGCUUUCUGAUUUGUUCGUAUCCCUAACAGUCCAGCCCGGAUAUAUCACAUACAGGCUUUUGGAAAACCAGCUUCGUCUAGUUCCUUGUUUUGUGAGGAUUAUGUAUCAUCUGGCUUUUUUCAGUUGCUUUGGAGUGUCUUUUAUGACUUUGGGUGCUGUCAGCUAUGAGCGCUUCGUGGCUGUUCGACUGCAAGUCAGAUACAAUGAUUUCUUCUCUUCGACACGAGUUGUGAAAUAUGUUCUGAUCAUAUGGACCCUAAAUAUUUUGUUAACUGCUUUAAAAUGGACUUCUAUUGAAUCCGCAGUCGAAAACAUCCAUCUCAUGGUAUGGUCAGUUUGCUUUCUCGUUUCUGUAGCUACGCAGAUUGGCGUUCUGUACGUCGUGCGAAUACAGCGUGAACAAGUCCAGCCGCAACUCCAAGGCGCUGAAAAUCGCCAGAGACAACGAGAGGCCAAGCUCGCGAAAAACAUAUCUAUCCUCGUCGGAGUGUACUUGAUUUUGAACUUUCCUGUGUUGUUCACUUUAAUAUGUGAUCAAUUAUUGAGACUAAACUUACAAACUAACAACCACUACAGCUGGACGGAGACGCUUGCCUUUUUAAAUUCUUGUACCAAUUCAUUAAUAUGCUAUUGGAAAAAUGUAGAGGUGCGUCAAAAAGUUAAAAAUAUCUUGAAGAAGCUGGUUUGUCAAUAA